UGUCAGUCCUCACGUUGACACCAAUUUCACCACAAGCUACAGUUUCCUUCUCUUCAUGUUAUUAUUCUAGAAGAGGAAUCGACGACGAAAGACGAAAUAAUUAUGGAAGGUCAUACUAUUAUCCCAACAACCAUGGACAUAAGCACUAUCAGGAGUAGCGAUACGGAUCUCUUUGUGUUUGAAGAUUACAACCAGCGCAUUGCUAUAGCCACUAUCCUCUGUAUCGUCUUCCUUGUGGGAUCCAUCGGCAACACACUCGUCAUCGCCGCCGUAGUCCUAUCCCGUAAACUCCGAUCAUCCACCAACUGGCUCGUCGUCAACUUGGGCUGUUCCGACCUUCUCACAUGCCUCUGUCUCCCGUUUAAUGUUGUCGCCAUGCUAAGUCGUGACGGAUGGCCUUUGCCAGGUUGGAUCUGCGCAGCCAAUUCGGCCGUGACAUGGAUCUGUCUGGGUGCCAGUGUCAUGACGCUGGCCCUCAUUGCCUUUAACCGCUGGUACCUGCUGACAAAGUCUAGUAUACACUUCCAGAAACUCUACACUACUAGAAACAUAUGCUUCAUGGUGCUUAGCGCUUGGCUGUAUCCAGCUCUUUUGGUUCUGGUACCUCCCUUUGCUGGGUUGGGCCGACUGGGAUAUUCUCACGAGUACAAGGUAUGCUCGCAGGAUACGUCAAUUCCUAACUCAGACUUAUAUAGCCUCAUAGCCGGGGUUUCCAUCAUCCUCCCUGUGUUCAUUGUUGUCGUUUUUAUCUACGUUCUGAUCUAUCUCUUCGUUUCCAGACAAAGUAAAAAGAUGAACCAGCUCAAAAAGGCAGAAGCACCCCAAAGGCGUGGCAAUGACAAUGUCAACUUUAACAUUAGCUCAUCAGAGGUUCCCUCGAAUGAACCGAGCACAUCUGAAGAGACAAUCACACAAAGCUGUUUAACCUCAAACCUUCACACAUCACAAACUACCGAAACAAAGAUCACAUUAAAUGAAGAGGGCAAAUUUACAGCAAUUGAGAAUUUACCAAAAAACACAUUCCUUGAAGUUUCUGAGAAUGAAUCUUCAGGAAGUACCAAAGCUAAUCAGAAGCGUCCAAGAUUCUUUAAGAAAAAUUCGCCUAAUAACAAGGCAAAACCACACCUGAACAAGUACAAUGUCACGGUUACGAAAAGACUUGCCAUAGUGGUGCUAGCCUUCUUCAUCUGCCUGCUCCCAUUUGGUGUUAGUGUUGUCGUUCCGCCGAGUGAUCCGGGCGUCCCUUGGACAGGCCUGAUGUUGACCUUCAACAGUUGCGUCAACCCUCUGAUUUAUGCCAGGACGAUGCCAGAGUUCCGCAAGGUGAUGCUAGCCAUCAUUCGCUGUCGCCUAAAGGACAUCCCGGAGCUAAUCGCAAGCGUCCGUCGCUUCCGUUGAUGGAAUUGGACCAUCCAAGUAGAUCCACCGAAAACCUACGAGACAGUUCCAUAGUCAGAUAUUGUCAGCCGCGUGAGCUAUAGCCAAAGAAUUGAAGAAACAAAUAAUUCGAGAUAGGUAAAAAUCUGAUAUCAAUUAUACCAUGAACAGGACUUUCUCGUCAUCACCAUGCAUGAUCCACAAAAAUAAUACAGCCCUGCAUGCAUUUAUUAAGGAAGGGAAACCAGACCAUUCUGAAGCAUUUAAAGAAGGAAAGAAAAGGAAGUGUGUGAUUAAAAAAACGAAAACGUUUGGGUGCAUAUUAUAGAUCACAACAACAACUUUGUAAAAACAAACUUUAUAAUUAUCACAGAGACAGAGUAAUGCUUGAAAUCGCAGCAUAAAUGCCUAUUAAGAAAGUACUGUUAAGAUAUUAUACCCCUUCAGUAAAUACAUAGAAUUAAAUAGAAAAUACAUAACCACUGAUAAUAAUUGUUAAAUAGUUGACGCGACGGAAUGACUACCAUUUGAGAGGAAAACAUUAACACCCCUGAUUUAAUGAAAUUAACGAAAAGAGUGGAAUUUACAAAAUGUAUAUCAAUGUUUGACUAUCUAUUAUGAACGUAAAAUGACAAUUUUACGUGCCACUUAUACACGGACGGACAGGUGUCUUUUAUUUGAGUUUGGUAGUAGUUCUUUUUUAAGUGGUGAAAUAUAGAAAUAGAAAAUCAUUCAAUAGUUAAAGCGUGUUUUGUCGUGAUUUUGUUCCCCAUCAAUGCAUUCUUCGGUCAUGAUAUUGUAAGUACAAAUAAUUUGUUUUAUUACAAUUAAAGAGCAAAUAUUUAACCCAGAGGCAAAAAAUAUUCAUUCGGUCUCAAAAUUCUCCCCCGUAAUGGGUUAACAACAGAGAUCAAUAAUAACACAAUUUCCUCGGUAUCAAAGUCCUCUACAUUUGCGAAGAGGAAAAUGAGGUCGGAUCGUAGAACAUAGCUUAAUGUUGAAACACCCGAAACUCAAAGUUGUCAGUAAUUCAUAGAAACGUCUACAUACUAAUGGCACAAAGAUACUUCUUGUUUAGCGGUUUUAAAAAAACAUAAUUCAAUGCACAUUUUUAGAAGAAAAAAUCGUUGACAAUGUUGUUUAGGUCGUGUUACUUUCUGCCCAUUCUACAUGUAUAUGUAUGUAAGUAAUGGAGCUCUCACACUCUGCCGUGUAGG